ACAUUUACCAUCAUCCGAUGGCCUUCGACAAAAUAAGGCAAAAGGAAAAACUGGGAAAACGCAAGGAACUGUGAGUUGCAAAAAACCGGCGAAAGAAAAAUAGCGGAUUUUUUCUCUUCUUUCAUGGGGUUUUAGGAAAAGGGUAUGCACCAAAAGCAUUCAACCACCUGAAAAUUAGCUUCUUGAAAUGGUUUCUCUCUCAACCUGGUUCCGCUACAUAGCCCACAAGCUCGAGUACUCCGUCUCUCUCAGUUGGAAGAGCUAUAAAGGAGGUCAAAUUACUGACAGAGAAGUUGGUGAUGCUGUUUGGAAGAAUUUAUUUCAGGGGAAGCUCACAUACCUACAUUGGACUAAAGGAGAGGAGAUGACUCCGACUGUAGGUGGGCAAGGAGGGACGCUUCUUGUCCGCAAACUACCUGCUGUAGAUCCAACGAGAGUUUUUGUUGGAGAUGUUGUGGUAGUAAAGGAACCAGAGAAACCACAGAACUAUCUUGUGAGAAGAUUGGCUGCAAUUGAAGGUUAUGAAAUGGCAUCUACUGAUGAAAAAGACGAGCCUUUCGUACUCGAGAAGGAUCAGUGCUGGGUGUUGGCAGAUAAUGAGAAGUUGAAGCCUAAGGAAGCAAAUGACAGUCGAACAUUCGGCCCAGUUCCAAUGUCAGACAUUGUAGGCAGAGUCAUAUAUUGCCUACGAACUGCGGUCGAUCAUGGCCCAGUGCAGAAUAGUUAUUUUAGCAUGAGAAAGGAUUCGCCAGUAUUGGAAGUCGAACUGGACGUCGAUGAGAUGGCAAAAAACCACAAGGCCUGAAAGAAGCAAGUUAUAAUCUGGUCUGUAUGUAACCAAUCAAUCUCUUUUUGCCAAUUUUUCAUUGCAGAUGAACUCCAAAUUUUUCAAUGGAUUUGGGGAUAUUUGAGUUCCAAUUGGGUUGGUUCUAAUCUUUGUUUACUACCGAAGCAUGAAAAUGGCCUGUAACCAUCCAUAAGAUUUUACCCAUAUUCAGUUUUACUUCUCAGACUUAGCUUCUAAGAAAAAGAGAAAAAAGCAAUAAAAUGAUUACUGCUGCUGUUCUACUUGCCUUGACAUUA